AAUUAAAUAUGUAAAUAUGUGAGGCAAGAAACGAAAUACAUAAGUAAAAAUGAUUAACGGACAAAAGAUUGCGUAUUUGCAUUUGAGAUAAGCCUGCUUUGACGGCGAACCAUAAAUUCAAUGCUCUUUCUGUUUAUAAACUAGUAAAUAAAUAGAGUAAAAUCAUCAGCAAACUGGAAUGAUUUCGGCAAACGCCAUGACGUAGUGUAUAUAUACCAAGACGAGGUAGAGAAGCUUCCGAGGCAAUCACAGCCUCUCAAUGCUCAGUAAUCACUGAACCGCCUGCCAGAUCACAUCUAAAAUCUCAAUAUAUAUAUUUCCCAAUGAAUCGUGAGCGACAUCGCCUUAUUCGUUUAAUCACCUGCCUCUUGGCCGCUCUUCCCAAAGGUCAGGGUCACAGUGUCGAUAGUGUGAACUCUGUUCGUGCAACAAGCAACCUGAGUUGUCCGGACUGCAAUGGCACUUCCAACCUGCCCGAGGUAAGGGGCAACAAGUUCCUGUACUUUGGUUUCGGGAGCAACAUGUUGGCCCAGCGGAUACACAUUCAAAAUCCCACAGCGGUGAGAAUAGGACCCGCACGACUUCCCAACUAUCGCCUAGACUUUGCUUUUGAAUCAAAUCGCUGGGAUGGAGCUGUGGCCACCAUUGUGCCCACUCAGGGGGAUGACACAUGGGGCACACUCUGGGAGAUUGAUCUCAGUAACCUAGCAAGCAUUGACAACCAGGAAGGCGUUCAUCUGGGCAUUUACAAACCUCAAACUGUGUACGUCAAGCUAAGGAAUGAAGCUCAAGAAACUCCAGCCCGUGCUUAUUUGCUAGUUCAGCAACCAGAGAGUAAUUUGUAUGAACUAGCCCGGGAUUUAAUUCCAGAAUCCCGUCAGCCCUCAAAGACCUAUCUACAGUGCUUGGUUCGAGGAGCUAUCGAGAGUGCUGUUCCCGAGGACUAUGUCCAGCGAUUGAGAAGCAUUAAGCACAAUGGUCAUGUCAUGGCCAAGCUGGAAAGACAGCUGGAGCUACAGGAUGUCGUUUUGUAAUAACCAAAAUUGAACAGAAAAUGUACUACUCCUUGGAAAAUGGAAAGAGAAUUAAUAUUUUAUAAGAAAAUGUCAGCAAAUACAAUUUCUUUUAAAAAUAUUAAUACCAAAAUCAAUGGCUGGAACCUCGAUUUUGAUAAGCAUAAUUCUCAAC